AUGCAUUUCUCAAAGAUUAUUCUGGCUGCCCUGGCUUGUGGCUCUGUCAAUGCCGCUCCAGUGUCUGAUAUGGAAUACGUCCCGAUUGAGAAGCGUGACUUCAAUCUCAAUGCAUUCUUGGCAAUGAUUGUGGAAACCUUUCCCGUUAACGUUCCAGUCAAUGGCAUUUGCAGUGCACUGGGAGUUGGUGAAACAGCUUUGGCAGUAGCAUUCGGCCUCAACAUCAACGCCAACAGUAAAGGAUGCGCAGACGUAACCGUUGUCUUCGCCAGAGGGACUUGUGAUCCGGGUAACGUUGGUGCUUUAGUCGGACCGCCGUUUCUGAACGCAGUCAAGAAGGCUAUCGGUUCGUCCAAGUCGGUAACAUUUCAGGGCGUUGAGUAUCCUGCAAGCGUUGAUGGGUAUCUGAGAGCCGACCCGAAGGCGGGAGUCACAAUGGCCAAAAUCGUCACCGACACCAUCGCCAAGUGCCCCAACACGCAAUUCGUAUUGAGCGGAUAUUCGCAAGGCGGUUAUGCGGUACACAACGCUGCCAAGAACCUUGACGCCAAUGCAAGGUCCAAAGUCAAGGCGGUCGUCGUUUUCGGUGACCCGAUGUCCAAACAGCCUGUGCAAGGAAUCGACCCGAGCCGUGUGCAUAUUGUUUGUCAUAAGGGGGACAACAUCUGUGAUGCAGGUCCUAUCAUCACCCUCCAGCACAUCACUUAUGCUGAGGAUGCAGACUCGUCAGCGGCGUUUGUAGUAUCAAAGCUCUGA